CAUGCGGAAGUAGCAUUAGGUUUGCUGUUAGCAUUAUCUAGCACUAUUGAAGUGCUCUUCAAUACAUCGCGUUUACUGUAAGGACGUGCUUUUCAGUGAUAACAGCAUAACAUUAACUACUUUUGUUGUAUGCUGACUGUGCUAGACAGUAAUGGACCGCCACAGAUAUCAGCAUCCAAAUUCCAGUUACCACCAGAAACGGCAUUCAGCCUACCAAAGAGAAGAAGAGGACAGUGGAAGAGGUCACUACGAGAGCAAACACUUUAGACCAAACCACUACCGUCACCAUGACCAGCCCAGGUCGGCUCCAAGGUCAAACUCACUCCACUCUCAGUGUUUAAGCACUAGAAGAGAACUGUAUGAAAGAGACUUUCCUGUGUAUAAACAGCCUGUGGAGGUAGGAAGUUUCUCUCUUGACUCAAAGCGUAGAUUCUUCAAUGACACUCGACAGUUGAGAUAUUACGUGGAACCAGACAGGACGCCUAAUUUUGACCUUAAAGAUGGAUACAAGGAUCGCUUUAUAAAGAGAGACGACAGCAUAAAGGAGAAACUGGACCACAUCCUGCGGUGGAUUUUGGCAAAUAGAUCAAAGCUCAGGUCGAAGACCACCACAGACAAAUCUUGUGCUUUAGAUGUGGAUUUUGUGACAUGGCGGGGCCACCUGACCAAACUUCUGACGACCCCCUAUGAGGCACGAGAGGGCUGGUUGCUGGCAGUCUCACUGUUCAGGGGCACGCUUUACAUCAGCGAAGUGGAAACGGAGGCUGCUCGGAGGGAGAGAGAGAACCGAACAGAGAGGCAUGAAGAGAUGAUGUACUGGGGAUAUAAGUUUGAGCAGUACACAUGUGCAGAUGACGUCCACAGUUCCCCUGAUCCAGGUGGAGUGGUCAACACUAAUGAGGCCUUCUGCACCGUGGUGCAAACUCGGCUUGCAGAUCACCGCCUUGUGUUCUCAGGUGAGGUGGACUGUCGGGAUAAAGACCCAAAUGCUCCAGGUCCUCCUGCGUGUUACGUCGAGUUAAAGACCUCUGCAGAGAUCUGCACCCCCAAACAGCGCAGUAACUUCCACAGGUUCAAGCUGAUCAAAUGGUGGGCUCAGUCUUUUCUCCCCGGGGUCCCUCGGGUGGUGGCGGGUUUCAGGGAUCAUGAUGGAGUGGUUGUUGGUGUGGAGACUUUUCCCAUCGCUAAGAUUUCCCAUCUCAUUAAGAAUGAACAGAACUGCUGGAAGCCGACAGUGUGUAUGAACUUCUGCUGUGAUUUCCUCUCUUUUGUGAAGCAAACAGUGACUGAAGACAACCCAAGUGUGGUGUACCUGUUCUGCUACGAGCCUCACAGAGAUGUGACCUACUCCAUCCACAGGGACUCUCAGUACUCCUUCCUGCCUCAGUGGUAUGUGGAGGAAAUCACAAGAAGUCAAGACUAACAGCCUCGGUCCUGAUUUACAACCAAGACAUGGUCAACAAGGUCUGCCUAUUCAGACCUCCAACAGAGGAUUAUUAACCAAACAUUUAAAGGAUUUCUUUACAUCUGGCCACUAUGAUCUUUACUUCAUGUUCCUCUGAUGGCAUCUUUGCAGAAGUAUGAAGUGAACCUUUUUACCCAGAUUUUUAAAUAAAACACUAAAGACAGA